AUGCGCCACACAUACCCAUACACCACCGCUGCCCUCGCCCUCGCGCUCGCCCCCCGCAACACCACCACGUACAGCCCCGACUCCUGGACCUUCGGCUCCGGCUUCUACAUGGGCCCCCCGGCCCACGGCCAGAUCAUCAAAGCCACCUACUCGAUCGCCGCGCCCGGAGUCCCCCAAGGGACGACGGUGACAGACCCCGGCGACGAAGUCUGGACCUCCAUCUGGAUCGGGGUGUCGGCCACGCAGGGCGACGCGAGCAACAGCCUCUACCAGCCGUUGUUCAAUUGGUCGCCGGAUCAGAAGUCCCAGGGCUGUUCGGCUGGUGCGGAAGAGUGGUGCGUGGCUGCGAGUCCGUAUACGUCUGCCGGACAAGUUGCGCAGGCGUACGUGCCCGUGGCGAAGGAUGCGCCGGUGGAUUUCGAGAUCACCGUCCAAAACGGCCAAGUCCACCAAUCCGUCCGAGUCGACGGCCACCGCGUCUCCCAGCAGACCGAACCCCUCUCCAACCCCCUGCUGUACCUCUACUCCGCCGACGAAUGCUACACCGGCUCGGGCACGUGUGGCUCGUUGCCGAGUUACAGCUGGAACAACAUCACCAUCGUCCUCAGCGAGGCCGAUCCGCAGUUCGGGCAGACGUUGGCCCUGGUCGGCGCGACGAGCAGUCCGCGUGGAUUCUCGACCGCUGAUGGGGGCAGCACGUGGCAUGCGGCGGCGGUGGUCAUCCCCGUGGAUGAUUUUACACCCAAGCACUAG